CACUUGUCGAGAUGAAGAGAUGUAGGUUUUCACCAAAAAGAAGACAGGUUUUGUGUUUAUUAGUAGUGUUAGUAUUAGGAUAUUGUGUCUUAGAAAUCUGUGCAAGAAUUCGAAGGAAUUCAGAUUUUAGCCAGUUACAGGAAUACGAACUUGAUCAGUUACCCAGUUUGAAUGAGAAUGAAUGCUGGAUUAUUAAUACCGCAUGUUCGAAACAUAAUUAUAACACAACCAAAGUGCAAAAUAUAGUGUGGAAUAUUUACAAUCUAAAUACAGAUAAUAGAAGCGAUGGGUGUAUAAAAAAAAAUAUAAAUUUACAACUUGCUGUCAUAGAAAUCAUGAAACGUGGUGGAAAAUAUAUAUUUUUAACAAAACGAGAUUCAUUUGAUGAGAUAAGGCAUAUUUUGUCUGAAUUUGAUCUUAGACUUUUUUCUUGGAAAAUGAUCCUCCAUAAUUCAGAGACUUGGGCGGAGAAGCUUUUGUAUCCAAAACAACCUUUCCGGUUUCAAGUAGGAAAAUCUCCACAUAUUCAGAAGUAUGUGGAUAAAACACUUUUGACCUAUCCAGAAAUUGUUUCAAAUUAUGGUUUACCAGGAUCUAUUCCAAAAAGUGAUAUAACAGUAUCAAAAUAUGAAACAUUGUUUGGAUACGAAACAUUUUGGACAAUCUACCCUUUGACAAGGAACGAAGAGGCAUGGAGUUUGUGGACACAAACUAUAUUUAAAACAUUACAUAUGGAUAUGUCAGUGCUAAUAGGAAAUAAGAGUAAGAUGGAGAUAAAGAUGGGCACAUCAUCUGAUGAACUAGAUGAAUGGCAACCCUACUGUUCUAAAGAUCAGUUAUUUUGCUGUGUGUUAUCUCUAAGCAAACACAUGCUACAACUAAAUUUGAUAUCUAACGAAGAGUUUCGAGACAUUUUCCACUGGAUCUACAGCUUAACUGAAUCUGGGUAUAAAAUAUCAGAUGCUGAAGUGACAGAAUGGUCCAAAGACAUUGAUAUGGAACCAAAAUACAACUUAGUUUAUGCUCCCCCAGUUUCAAAGAAUAGAGUAAAUGAUUUCGAAAAUAUCUUUAACUGUGUUGAAAAUUCUCAUAAAUGUCCUGCUUCGGUUGAAAAGGCAACACAACAGAGUAACAUUUUACUGGUUAUAGUAUUCAAUAGAGAAGGUUAUUACAACAUAGUCGAACAUUUAGAAAAACUAUACCGCCCGGUGUUUAACAACAUUCUAUACUGUGGAACCAAUAUCAAAGACUUUCAAGAUAGUGCUAGAUCAUUGGAGUAUCCAGUAUCCUUUAUAGAAAUGCUAGACAAUUUUUACGUUGGACAACAAGGUUAUCAAUGUAUUCAGAAUGCCAUCAGAAUGAACUAUGAUGUUGAUGGUUACCUCCAUCUUAGUGAUGACGUGUUAUUUAAUGUGUGGAAUCUUGCUAAUCUUCCUAAAGACAAAUUCUGGUUUCAACACCAGGUUAAAACAGCCGACUUAGAGCAGGAAACCGUUGUUGAUAUUUGGCGUAAUAAAUCAUGGUGGCCAUGGGAGAGUAGCUUCGGGCGACACCGCCUGAUUGAAUCAUUCAAAACGUUACGUAAAUUGGCUAAAUCGGAUAACACAUUAAAGAGUUUUUUAAAUCAACUUACUUGGAAUUCGGGAAGUGAUCAAGGUUUUUAUUAUCAAGCAUCUGAUAUAUUUUAUGUACCUAAGAGAUUAAGUCAAGAAUUUAGCUAUAUAAUAAGUAUAUUCAAUACCCAUGGUGUAUAUUUAGAAAUAGCCAUACCUACCACUAUAUAUGGUUUAGAUAGAUCUAAAAAUGUGUAUAAACUACAAGGUGAUUACCUCUGGUAUACUGAUAGGAACUACGCUCAAGAAAUAUUUCAUUAUAAUAAUCAUUUUCUACACCCGAUUAAACUAGGUCCGUGUGUAAAUGACUAUAAAUGUUCUGAGUUUUUAUGUAAAGAUUAUGUUCCAUGUUUAAAUGCUGUGAUGCCCAAUUAAUAACAAUUCUGAUUUCAGAUAACGUCUUAAAUAUUUUUUAAAGGAAGACACUUAUUCCAAGAUCUUACCAAUGACUAACGAAAUAAAUAACUAUCCUU